AGCUGAACAUGAUGUUAUAGUAGCAAACAACACUACUUGUCAAAGAAUGGAGAACUACGACUACAUCAGCUUCCUGGGUCAGGGUAGUUACGGAGAGGUCCAGCUAGUAAAACAUGUCCUCGAAGGAAAAGAGUACGUUCUGAAGAAGAUAGGACUCCACAGAGCAUCGGCUAAAGAGAGAUUUGCUGCUGAACAAGAGGCAGUGAUGCUCUCCCAGCUGAAGCACAUCAACAUAGUGUCCUACAAGCAAAGCUUCCAACUGAACAGCACACUGUACAUCGUAAUGCAAUACUGUGAGGGGGGCGAUCUUCACACUUGGCUAGCUUCCAGAAAAGGACGGUUGAUGGACGAGCUGGAGAUAAUCUUAUGGUUCGUUCAGAUAGCACUCGCUCUCCAGUAUCUACACGCAAAAAACAUCCUACAUAGAGAUCUCAAGACACAGAACAUUUUCCUGACCCACAAGAAUGAGAUAAUAAAACUGGGAGAUCUGGGGAUAGCACGACAGUUGUCUGGAGAAAAGGAUAUGGCGCGCACCAUUAUUGGGACACCUUACUAUAUGUCACCUGAACUGUUCAGCAACCGCCCUUACAACUUCAAGAGUGAUGUUUGGAGUUUGGGCUGUGUUGUGUAUGAGAUGUGCACGAUGAAACACGCAUUUAGAGCAAGGGACUUUUCUGGUCUUGCUUAUAAAAUAUGCACUGGAAAGGUCCCCCCACUACCGGGCAAAUUCUCGACGGAGUUAAGUUGUUUGGUGUCGUCAAUGUUAGAGCAGGAGGCCGAAGAUCGACCAAAUGUUACAGAGAUUCUUCAUCUCAAGUUCAUUCGAACAUACAUUCAGAUGUUUAUCAAACGAAAUCGAGGUAGCAAUUCUGGUAAGCCAAAGAUAGCACCGAAAACUGGCUGUGAUAGAUCCAACUCCGCAGAAAAAUUGGAAACUUCGCAAGAACCAAGGAUCCCUCGACCUCAGCGGGCAAACUCAGUAGAAACUGCGACACCAAAUAAUGAGGAAAAAGUUGGUUUAAAAUCAGGACAUUGUCCUCAUAUCAGACAACAGUCUAAUCGACAUAACGCUGAGAAAAAUAACAAAGUUAAUAAAAGAAGUGACGAUACGGAAACUUCGAACCGACCCUCUGCUUCGAGUAAACGUUUAUCAAACUCAAAUCAUCUUGCAUUGAUACCCUCUGUUAAGGAUUUGCUCAAAAAAGAGGAAAACAAAUCGAAUGAGACGAAAGAUUCUGCGUUCGUGCGAGGAGACUCGAAAAGAAGGAGUUCCAAAGAUGGCUUAAAGUACAUUGAGCCAGAUCAGCCACUGAGAUCCCAGUCCGAUUAUCACGUGAUAGAACCACAACCAAUCCCAGCUCCGAUCAGCUCUGCUAGAAAGCGAAGGAUUGAAGAUAAGAGAAAACGGAGCAGAUCAGCUGACAGAACGAGCCCUGAUCUGUUUUCCUCGACGGGAUCAGACUCGCCCAGUCCUACUCUAGAUAGUAGACCACCUAGUCCAGCUGCUCAGUGCCCCUCCAGACCCCAGAGUCCCAUAAUACACACCAGAGCACAAAGUCCCGGGGUUCCCACUCGCUCUCAAAGUCCCGUUCUACCGUCAAGUCGACCCCAAAGUCCUGUGUGCCCACCGAGAUCCCAGAGUCCUGCUGUUCCUCCCUCAAGUCCAGCAAUCAGACCAGCAAGUCCAAGUCUCCCAACCAGUCGUCCUCCGAGCCCCUGCCAGUCAAGCAGUAGACCAGAUAGCCCGUGUAGAACAGAGAAUAAACCCACGUCGUGUACCAGAAGCAAUAGUCCAGCCCCCAGAGCUCCGAGUCCAGCUGCCAGAGCUCCGAGUCCAGGACUCCCUCGCAGUCCAGUUAUCAAGAAAAAGUCUGCUGGUGGCAGAAGCAAAUGUCGACCACUCCCUCCGACGCCUCCUAGUGUAAAAGCCAGCAGACGGAAAACGAAGUCGCUAAGUGAAGAAGAAAAGCUGGUAGACCUGAUGAACGAGACUUUGCUAAAAGACACACCAGAAUUAGACACGGCCCCAGAUCGAGACCACCGCCCAGCUCGCCCUCUUCCUUCCUACCGUCCUCUACCUCAGAAAAAUGAGGACUCCGAAUCUCACCGUCAGAGAAAUCAAGACUCCGAGUCUGGCGAACCGCCUCAGUUGUCAAGGCUGCGGAACAGGUUGGAGAGACUCAGAAAUCAGGUGCUACCCUGUGUCAGCAGGGAUGUGCUGGAGAAAGCAUACAGAGUCCUGGAUGAGAGUGAUCCAGAAAAAGUGCAGGGUGAACUCGUGCUACUCGUAGGAAACACACCACCAGGACUGUGUAACAAGGUUAUGGAACUGUAUAUAUGCCAACAGAGACUCAAGGAAAAAAACUCACUUUUCCAAUCUAUUUAGUUUUCCAAUAUAGUUAUAAUAGCUUUUUAAAAUCGGUUGAACUAUGCUAUGCAUAGAGGAGGAGUACGUAUGUUAACUGUUUUGAAAGAGAUUUUUGAUGUUAAUUGGGAUGUUUUGCAGUUUUGUUGGUGACAAUUUCAAGGGCAGAAAUUGCAUGUUAUUAAUUUAUGAGGUGGGGUUUUAAGCUCGUUAAGCUGAAUAUAUUCAUUUUAAUUGACAAGAUAACUUAUCGUUCGAUUAGUCGACGUUUCACUAGAACGUGGUUAAUCUCAAAUGGAGAUAAUAUAAUAUAAUUAUAUGAUAUAAUUAUGUCUCAAAUGGACAAUUGUAAUAUUUCAUAUUUUAAUAAAUUACCAUC